AUGGAUCUGCCUGAUGAGUUAAACAGCACAACAUUGAUUGGCUGUUCGCAAAAUAGCGAUUGUGGUGAUGACAAGCAAUGCGUUUUGGGCGUUUGUUACGAUCCGUGCACGAAUGGGUGUGGCGAAUCCGCGUCGUGUUCCGUGAAAAAUCAUGAAAUUCAUUGCGAAUGUCUUCCGGGUUUUACGGGAGAUGCAACGAAAAAUUGUUAUCCGUUGGGGUUAUCGGAACGCAAUGUGACGACGACGACAAAAGAAGCUUCGACAACGGAAAAAAUGUUCAUUGUGACUCCAAUGAAGACAAUUCCGGAAGAAUAUUUGACGAAAAGUACGACAACGGAGGGAAGUGUAACGGAAAAAGAGACUUUAACAACUGUUGGAGUUGAUUUUAUUCAAAAAACGACGACUGAAGAGGCAGAUUCUUCGGAUGACAGUACGACAAUUGUAUCUCGUGUUGCUGAAGAAAUGACAAAAAGUACUGAAAAACCAGAAAUUGACGUUACAACUCAAAAAAUCUUCGAAAAAACGACUUUAGGAGAUUCUUCAGUAAAAGAACAAACGACAAAACUUCCAAAAGAUGACGAAAAUUUGACAACUGAUCAAACAAUAAGCGAAGAAAUUACAGAAAGAACAAAAUUCACAACGACUGACGCUUCUGUAACUGAAAAAUCUUCAAUUUCAACGUCAAAAGAUGAACUUUUAACAACUGAAAGUCCUUCAGAAACAACUCUUGGAACAGAUUUCACUCAAAAAACUGAAAAAUCUUUAAUUGACAUGACAACUGAGCAAGGAACAACUCUCAAAGACUCGACUUUUGACUCAAAAAUCACAACAACUGAUGUUCCAACGAAAGAUUCUACUUCAGAAGGAACAACAACCGAAGGAUUUGAUGAAAAAACUUCGAAAUUCAGUACGACAGAUGCUUCAUUCACAACUUCGGGAAUUGAUCAAACAACAAUUUCUCGAGAUUCAUCAACUGAGGCAUCAACUGAAACCAUUUUUGACUCGUCUUCAACUACUGAAGUACCGAGAUCGACAGAAUCUGCGGCAAAUCUUGUAACAGAAACGACUCGUAUCUCAUCUUCGACUUCUAAAACAACAAUUCAAGAUGAAACAACUCUCUCAGUUGGUAAAGAAGUAACGACGGAAGAGACAAAACAAGACUCGACAACAGAAAAAAUGAUGAUUGUUACUCCUGAACGCCCAACAACGACUUCUGAAUCAGUAACUGAUGGUUCUGUAACUGAAAAAGUUACGACUUCUCAUGGUUUUGAUCAAACAACAGUUGAAUUUGACACGAAAACGACUUUGAAAGAUAUUUCUGAUGGAAUUUCAUCUUCUACAGUGAAAGAUUUUGAAACAACGACACAAUUUAAGGUUGAUUCUGACACGACAAUUGGAAGUGAAGACAUUACAAAACCUGAAUUUGAAGAAAUAACAACUAUUUCAAGCAUUUCAACUGAUAAAACAUCGCCAAAAGUUGAUUUUGAAACAACAACAUUGAAAUCAGACCAAGAAUCGACUACCUUUUCACAAGAUUCAACCAAAACUGAAACUUCUUUCACAACUUCAGGCAUUGAAAAUCGAACUGAUACUCCAAUAACAACUGAAAAAAUGAUGAUCGUUACUCCUGAACGCCCAACUACGACUUUGAGUUCAACUGUGAUGUCUUCUGAUGGAAUUACUGAACAAACAACAUCAAGACAAGACUUUUCGACUGAAAAAGACUCGACUUCUCAUGAUUUUGAACGAACUUCAACAACUAUUGAUUCAGAUUCUGAGUUUACAACAACUGUAAAAGCAAGUUCUGAUCCAGAUUCCUUCUCUUCUUCUAAAGAUUUUGACACAACGACUAAACUUUCUGUUGAUUCUGAUCAAACAACGAAGUUUGGAUCAACUGAAUCCUCUACUGAUGGUUUAACAACCAAAUUUGAACAAACAACAAUUGAUUCUGAUCAAAAAUUCACAACUCAAAGACCUGAUUUGACAAUUUCUGACGAAAUAACGACACAACCUCAAGAUUCAAGAACAACUGAAACAUCUUCAGAUUCGAUUACUGAGAAAACAACUCAAAAAUCGAAUGUUAAUGAUGAUGUAACAACUUCAAAAGAAACGUUAACGACUGUAUUUGAUGAAAAAGCUGAAACAACGACAAUUUUCGGAGAAGAUGAAUUAAGUCAUGAACUUACGACUUCAACAAUUGACUCAAAAACAACUUAUCGUCCUAUUAAAGAUCGAAAAGAAACUGAUUCGCCUGAUUUUACUACAGAUUUUUCAGUUAUAGACUUUAAAACGACUUUAACAACUGAUACAACGACAUCCAAGAUAGAUAAAGAAGUUGUUAUAACGACAGAAAAAAUGAUGAUUGUAACGCCUGAGAAGCCAACUACAGUUUCAGAUUCAGUAAUAACAACUGAAGGCUCUUUAGAAAAAUCAUCUACAAGUUCUUCGACAGACUCUUCUGAACAAAUUUCAACUAUUGAAACUACAGUUCAUGAUAAAUUUACAACAGAAUCUACUUUCACAAGUUCAAAAGAUGUUGAAACUACAACUUCAGGGGAUUUACUUUCAAGUUCUCCUCUGUUUUCAAAUAAAUUUUCUACUGAACAAACAACUAUUAGUUCAGAAAAAGAUCUUUCAACUGAGAAAUCUGAUUCAACGACAGUUUCUGAUGAAUUGUCAACCUCGAAAUCUCCUUCUACAAAUCUUGAUGCGACAAUGACAACUGAAAAAAUGAUGAUUGUUACUCCUGAAAAACCGACAACUACAGUUUCAGAUUCUAUUGGAACAACUGAAGAGUCGACUAUUCGUACAAAACUUUUGCCGAUUACUGAUGAGCCUUUGAUCAUUGAUUUUACAACUUCAAGUACAGAUUCAGAAGCUUCGACAAAACAUCCUUUGGAUGAAAGUUCAACAACUUUGAAAGAUAGUUUGACAACUUCAAGUUCAGAUUCUGUAACUGAAGCUUCGACAAAACAUCCUUUGGAUGAAAGUUCAACUACUUUGAAAGAUUCUGUAACUGAAGCUUCGACAAAACAUCCUUCGGAUGAAAUUUCAACAACUUUGAAAGAUAGUUUGACAACUUCAAGUUCAGAUUCUGUUACUGAAGCUUCGACAAAACAUCCUUUGGAUGAAAGUUCAACUACUUUGAAAGAUAGUUUUACAACUUCAAGCACUGAUUCUGUAACUGAAGGUUCGACAAAACAUCCUUUGGAUGAAACUUCAACUACUUUGAAAGAUUCUGUAACUGAAGCUUCGACAAAACAUCCUUCGGAUGAAAUUUCAACAACUUUGAAAGAUAGUUUGACAACUUCAAGUUCAGAUUCUGUUACUGAAGCUUCGACAAAACAUCCUUUGGAUGAAAUCUCAACAACUUUGAAAGAUUCUGUAACUGAAGGUUCGACAAAACAUCCUUUGGAUGAAAUGUCAACAACUUCAAGAGAUAGUUUAACUACUUUGAAAGAUUCUGUAACUGAAGCUUCAACGAAACAUCCUUUGGAUGAAAGUUCAACUACUUUGAAAGAUUCUGUAACUGAAGGUUCAACGAAACAUCCUUUGGAUGAAAGUUCAACUUCUUUGAAAGAUUCUGUAACUGAAGUUUCAACGAAACAUCCUUUGGAUGAAAUCUCGACAACUUCAAGAGAUAGUUUGACAACUUCAAGUUCAGAUUCUGUAACUGAAGCUUCAACGAAACAUCCUAUGGAUGAAAUCUCGACAACUUCAAGAGAUAGUUUGACAACUUCAAGUUCAGAUUCUGUAACUGAAGGUUCGACAAAACAUCCUUUGGAUGAAAGCUCGACAACUUUGAAAGAUUUUGUAACUGAAACUUCAACGAAACAUCCUAUGGAUGAAAUCUCGACAACUUCAAGAGAUAGUUUGACAACUUCAAGUUCAGAUUCUGUAACUGAAGGUUCGACAAAACAUCCUUUGGAUGAAAGUUCAACUACUUUGAAAGAUUCUGUACCUGAAGGUUCAACGAAACAUCCUUUGGAUGAAAUUUCAACAACUUCACGAGAUAGUUUGACAACUUCAAGCAAAGAUUCGGAAGCUUCAACAAAACAUCCUGCGGAUGAAAUCUCGACAACUUCAAAAGAUCUUUUAACAACUUCUCCGAUGGAUGACAUUGAUCGUUACACAACAACUUCUAAACCAAACAUUUCUUCGACAACUGAAAAUGUUUUCAUCGUAACUCCCAUGAAAAUGACAACUACUGAAAAAUCCGACGAAACAACAACUGAACAAGCCAUAAUUUCAACAACUUUGAGUGCCAUAAAAAACAAAACUGAAUCGACAACCCCUGGAGUAUUUGACUCUUUAACGACUUUAAUUUUCGGCGGCGAUCGAACAAAUCGCAGCGAAUUCGAAGGCGUUACAUUCCCCGAAAAUGACCAAACAACAACGGAACAAAUUUCAACCGAAACUGAAUCAACUUUCAAAGUUACGGGACAUGAUUUGGUAACAGAAUCUUCAAAACCUUCAACUCUCGAUCGUUCUCCGGUAACAAGAUUGAUCGAAGACUCAACAACAACCGAAAAAUCUGUUGACGAAACGACAAUUCAAUCAAGCACGAUCGGAAUUAGUAAAGUUCUGACAACGACAACUGAGAAAAUGAUGAUUGUUACUCCGGAAAAAGUAACUACAGAAUCUGGAAAAGUUGAAAAUCAAACAAUUUCGGUGACAAAAGGACCUGAAGAUGUUACCACAGAAGAAAUGACGACAGAAAGUCAAACAGAAUUCACAACAAAAGACGAAAAUUAUACUGAAACUUCUUCAGGAACGACAGUAGAAAUGCCAAUUACGACACAAAAAGCUCAAAUAACAACAACUGAAGGUCAAAAUUUAACUGAAAGGUCUAAAUUUGAGACAACAACUUCAGGAAUUGAAACAUCUACUGAUUCAGAAGAACGUUUCACAAGCAUUGACGAACAAAAAACGACAGAAAAAUCUUCAAUGAGUACUUUAGAUGUUCAAACAACUUCAAUUUCUACAGAAAAUGUUGAAAUUACGACAUCUGAAGAUGCUUUAACUACUUCUCAUGACACAAAAACAGAAAAAUAUACAACUUCAAGGCCUGAAAAUGAUAAAUUUACAACUCAAAGCUCUCUUGAAACAACAAUUGAAUCAAAAAUUACGACUUCAAGAGACGAAAUAACGACUCUUGGCUCUGAUAUUGUUACAAAAUCAUCUACUGAACAUCCUGAUGAUCGAAUUUUAACAACUUUAAUUGAUAAUUUAACAACUGAAAGCGUUUCUGUCACAGAUUCAUCCACAAAAUAUUCAAAAGAUGACAGAAUUACGACCUCUACAGACGAAAUCUCAACUGAAACUCCCACAAAAAGUCCUUUGGAUCGAGAUUUUACAACUUUGAAAGACGAUUCAACAACUUCUCGUUCAGAUUUUGUCACAGAAUCAACCACAAAACAAAUUUCAGAUGAAAAACUUACAACUUCUCAUGAACUCAGUACUGAAAAAGAUCAAAUUACGACUUUAGAACCUAAAGACGAUCUAUUAACAACUCAAAUUUCUCACGAAACGACAUUAAAACCGGAAAUUACAACAGAAAAAAUGAUGAUCGUUACUCCUGAAAAACCAACAACAACUGAACAUUCAACAACUUUCUCAUCUGAGACUGAAAAAUCUUUCGAAACAACCACAAUUUCCGAUAAAUUUACUGAAAAAGAUGAAAUUCCAUCGACUUCAACUCAAAAAUUGGACAAAACGACUUUCGAAUCAAGCACUGAAGGAGAAUUUAUUACAACUUUUGAAGGAAAAACUUCUUUUGACUCUCAAAUAACGACAGAAAGUGUCACAAAACAACCAAUAACAUCAGAAAAAUCUCAAACAACAACUGAAGUUGACGAAAUUGUAACUUCAAAAGACUUUGAGACAACAACUUCUGACAUGAAAUCCACUGAAAAGCCUGAAUUUGACACAAAAUCUCCUGAAACAACUCUUAGAACUCCAAUUACAACUGAAAAAAUGAUGAUCGUUACUCCUGAAAAGCCAACAACAACCGAAAAAAUUGAAUUGGAUACAAUUUCAACGACAGAAUCAUCUUUUGAGACGACUUUAGUUGAUAAAGAUUUGCCAACGAGACUUGAUGAGAGACAAACAACUGAAAAAAUUACUGAAAAAACGACUCAAAAUGACUUUGGAACAACUGAAAAUCUCCCUCAAACGACAGAAAAAGCUCAAAUUUCAACAAUUUUUGUCGAAGAUUUGAAAGUUAGUUCAGAAACUUCAAAGAUUUCAUCGACAACUGAGAAAAUGUUCAUCGUUACGCCCGAAAAACCAACAACAACGGAAGAAAUUUCGACGGAAUAUGAUCCAAGAGUCAAAUCUACGACAGAAUCUUCUUUCAAGACAACUACAGAGACAAAAACUACAGAAAAAUCUCAAGAUGGAACGACCUUAAGUGACAAAACAUUUCCCGAAACGACAGAAAAGAGUGAAAAAUCAACGACAGGACAAGAAAAUGUUGAAACAACGACUUUAAGAGAUAGAUUUACAACAGAAAAGGAUCGAAUUACGACAAUUUCUGACAAAAAUCGUGAAGUUACGACUCUCAAAGAUGGAUUUACUACCGAAAAAGUCGAAAUAUCAACGCAGAAAGAUGAAAUUACAACCGAAAGUGACAAAAUGACUGAAAACGAAAAAAUAACAACUGAAUGUCAAAGCGAUGAAAAAAUGACAACAAAUGUUCAAAUCACGACUCCAAAAGAUGAAAUUACCACAUUCUCCGAUAGAAAUCUCGAAGCAACAACUCUCAAAGACAAAUUGACUACUGAAAAACCUCAAAUAACGACUUCUCAAGGUCAAAUUACAACAAUUUCUGAUAAAAAUGUUGAAUCAACUACUUUCAAAGAAGGAUUUUCUACUGAAAAAGUUGAGAUUUCAACCGAAAGUGACAAAAUAACGACUGAAAGUGAUGAAAAAAUGACGACAAGUCAAGAAAAUCUCAAAGUAACGACUCUCAAAGACGAUUUUACGACAGAAAAAGCUCAAACAACGUCUCAAAGAUCAAAAUCUUAA